CCUGUUUGUUUGCCAUCGAUUGUUCCGCACCCGAAAUUUUUGACGACGGACGACGGGCGACGACGACGACAGACCGCGUAAAAGUAAAAAUAAAAAAGUUGGUUCUGGGACAGCGUUUUUUCUAUUGUCCUCAUCACAUUUCAGGGGAUCACUUGUGCCGAGGCUUUAGGUACAGUUCAUAGCUACCUUGAUAGCUAAGAGCACUGAUUUCCCGCCGUUCAUUCACAGAGACGUUGUUCUUGUUGCUGGAGGGUUAGGUUGCCACCAUACCGUCCUUUCCCUACCCACGCUGGAUGCGCUCCGUCUUCGUACGCAGAGGGACUUGCUCGAGCCUUGCAUCCACUACAGUAGCAGCACCACGACCUCGGACUGCGUCCUGCACCACCACCACCAUCACCACCGCCACCACACUUGCUUUCCUCCCCCAGCUUUUCAGACGGCAGCACGAGCUCUUCCCGUUCGCACAACGCGGCCGCUCCCGCACUUCUCUUGUCGUUCCUGCUAGAGACAUACGCUAUAAGAACACGCGACGGUUCGACUUUGCCCAGACCCGCCGUCUCUUUUCCUCUGCCGCCGCCGCCGCACCGAAUACCUCCUCCACUGCGCAACAAAGCCACACCUCUACCCACACCACCACACCCGAGGCCGCGAACAUGAACGGCAACAACACAUCGCCGCGCACCAAGCGCAAGGCUCCGCCGAGCCCAGAAGGCUUGCGGCCUCACAAGCAGCACCGCGCCCUGAAUGGGAAGCUGUCCGCCGGCGACAAUACUCCCGAGAUCGAGCUCGAACACGGUGCUUUCGUCGAAGAGGACGAGUCCGAUUUUGAGGACUCCGCCAGGCUGAACAGCAUGUUUCCCAUCACUCAGGAGCCUGAGGCCUGGCAGAAGACCAUUGAGAACGUCGUCAGCAACGUCGUCUCCAUUCGCUUCUGCCAAACGUGCUCUUUCGACACGGACGCGGCGCUGACGAGUGAGGCGACUGGCUUUGUGGUGGACGCUCAGAAGGGUUACGUCUUGACGAACCGACACGUCGUUGGAGCUGGGCCGUUCUGGGGAUAUAUCGUUUUCGACAACCAUGAGGAGGUUGAUGCAUACCCCGUUUACCGUGAUCCCGUCCAUGACUUCGGCAUUCUGCGUUUCGACCCCAAGGCCGUCAAGUACAUGAAGCUAAACGCGCUGGUGCUUCGUCCAGACCUUGCGAAGGUCGGUGUUGAGAUCAGAGUCGUCGGUAACGAUGCCGGAGAGAAGCUCAGUAUCUUGUCCGGCUUCAUCAGUCGUCUCGACCGAAACGCCCCCGAGUACGGAGAGGGUUACAGCGAUUUCAACACGUGCUACUACCAGGCCAACGCUGCCGCAAGUGGUGGUAGUUCUGGCAGUCCUGUCGUGAACAUUGACGGCUUCGCUGUUGCGCUGCAAGCAGGUGGACGAUCCGACGGUGCCUCUACAGACUACUUCCUUCCCCUCGACCGACCUUUACGAGCUCUAGAAUGCAUUCGGCAGGGCAAGCCCGUCACGCGAGGUGACAUUCAGUGCCAAUUCCUCCUCAAGCCUUUCGACGAGUGCCGACGUCUCGGUUUGACGCCAGAGGAGGAGGCCGCAGCUCGUCAAGCUUUUCCCAAAGACAACAACAUGCUUGUUGCCGAGAUUGUUCUUCCCAAGGGCCAGUCUGACAAGAAGAUUGAGGAGGGUGACAUUCUCAUCAAGGUGAAUGGCGAGCGCGUUGGACAGUUCAUCCGGUUGGAUGAUUUGUUAGACUCAAACGUCGGCAAGACCAUCCACCUGCAACUGCAGAGGGGUGGCGAGGAUAUCGAGGUUGAUGUUGAAGUCGGUGACCUGCACCAGAUCACUCCUGACCGCUUCGUGUCCGUCGCGGGUGCCAGUUUCCACAGCCUGUCUUACCAGCAAGCCCGUCUGUACGGCGUUGCAUGCCAAGGUGUCUUCGUGUGCGAGGCCACAGGCUCGUUCAGAUUCGAUAACGCGGAUAAUGGCUGGCUGAUCCAGACCGUGGACCACAAAAAGACCCCUGAUCUGGAGACCUUCAUCGAGGUGAUGAAGGCGAUCCCGGACAAGUCCCGCGUCGUUGUCACUUACAAGCACCUCCGUGACCUGCACACCCUGAACACCACAGUCAUCUACGUCGACCGACAUUGGUCAGCCAAGAUGAAAAUGGCCGUCAGAAACGACGAGACGGGCCUGUGGGACUUCACGGACCUUGCUGACCCCCUACCCCCUAAGGCGCCUGUCGCCCGCUCUGCUUCCUUCAUCGAGCUGGAGAAUGUGAAGCACAAGGCUAUUGCUGACCUGGUGCGAAGCUUUGUCCAUGUCAACUGCACCAUGCCAGUUAAGCUCGACGGCUUCCCCAAGAACAGGAAGUGGGGCAUGGGCUUGGUCAUUGACGCGGAGAAGGGUCUCGUUGUCAUUUCGAGAGCAAUUGUCCCCUACGAUUUGUGCGAUGUGACCAUCACCAUUGCGGACUCGAUUAUUGUCGAAGGCAAGGUUGUCUUCCUUCAUCCUCUGCAAAACUACGCCAUUGUGCAGUACGACCCCAAGUUGGUCAAUGCUCCCGUCCAAAGUGCGAGAUUGAGCACAGACAACAUCACCCAGGGAGCUUCCACUAUCUUCAUGGGAUACAACAGGAUUGGCAAGAUUGUACAUGCCACGACAACAGUCACCGAAGUCACUGCUGUUGCCAUCCCGGCCAACUCUGGUGCGCCCAGAUACCGAGCCAUUAACGUCGAUGCCAUCACGGUUGACACCAGUCUCAGCAACCAAUGUGGAAGCGGCGUUUUGGUUGCUGAUGAUGGCACUGUCCAGGCCUUGUGGCUCACGUACCUUGGCGAGCGUUCGGCUUGCAGCAACCGGGACGAGGAGUACCAUCUUGGUCUUGCAACGCCCACGCUGUUGCCCGUGGUCUCUCAGAUCCAACAGGGCAUCAUCCCCAAGUUGCGGAUGUUGUCUGUCGAGUUCCGAGCCAUUGCUAUGGCCCAGGCCAGAGUUAUGGGGGUCUCUGAUGAGUGGAUUCGCAAGGUCACCGAGGCUAACAAGACGCACCACCAGCUGUUCAUGGUCAGCAAGCGGACCUUUGAGCGAGGCGAGCAGUCAGGCGCGCUGCUCGAGGGUGACAUUUUGCUCACUCUCAACGGCAAGGUCAUCACCAGGGUCUCCGAGCUGGAUGUCAUGUACUCUCACGAGGUUCUUGACGCAGUGAUCGUCCGCAACUGCGAGGAGAUGCACAUCAAGGCUCACACCGUCGCCGCCGAUGAUGUCGAGACUGACCACGCCAUCUCCUUCUGCGGAGCCAUCCUGCACCGACCUCACCACGCCGUCAGGCAGCAGAUUAGCAAGCUGCACAGUGAGGUGUACGUUUCGGCCCGCACCCGCGGUUCACCGUCGUACCAGUACGGCCUCGCGCCCACCAACUUCAUCACCCAUGUCAACGGCAAGCCGACGCCUGAUCUGGAGACUUUCCUUGCUUCUGUCCAGGGAAUCCCAGACAACACCUAUUUCCGGCUCAAGGCUGUAACGUUCGACAGUGUGCCAUGGGUCAUCACCAUGAAGAAGAACGAGCACUACUUCCCGACGACGGAGUGGAUCAAGGAUCCCGCCGAAGCCUGCGGCUGGAGGAGAAAGACGUAUGAGGGUGGCAAGAUGUUUGAGGGUGAGGGCCCUGAUGGCGUGCUUCCCGUUUCCGAAGACACCGAGAUGGUGGAGGAGCCUGCCGCCCCCAUCUAAGCCAUGGAACAAAUCGCAGGCACCAUUCACGGCCAAGAAAAGCCGCCGGACUCGAGAACGGCACUGUGUACUUUUGCCUGGCAUUUUUUCGACCUAGGCACUUUUAAUGAUAGCAACAUUUAGGGACUUUCAGGACAUGACAGACAGGGUGUAAAGGCUGAGGGAUUCAAGGGCAUGGGCAGGCGAGCACACGGCCGUGAGGACAGCAUUCUUCGCCGUAUGUUAUGUAUAUAUAUAUAUAUGUAACACAGGGGCCAUAGAGGCACGUUACCUCGAAGGAACGUGGUACUUCUUCUCCAGGCUU